UUCGAAGCCGUUUCGUUUUUUUUAAAACCUUGUUAGCAACAAUUACCAGCAAGUAUCGCAUAGAACAAAACGUGAAUGUCUCUUCGGUUCACGUUAACCACAGACAUCAUUUUCUGUAAAAACGAAACCCAUAGGGAAGAGGGAGAGGGAAGGGGAGGAGGAGGACUUCACAGCAGUAGACUUCCCAGCAAUAGACUUCCCAGCAGUAUUCCGGAAAUAAAACGACGACAGAUGCGAAGUACUCGUUCUGUGAAAUAGAAACCAACAAUGGAGUCACUGAUUGCUGCGAACACCAACUUCUCCCUGGACCUGUUUAAGAAGAUAAGUGCGAUUAAGAAAGCGGACAACAUCUUCUACUCACCACUCAGCAUCUCCUCUGCUCUGGCCAUGGUGUACAUGGGCGCCCGGGGCAACACAGCUACACAGAUGUCCAAGUCUCUUCACUUUCACAAAGCUGAGAAGGACAUUCAUGCUAGAUUCAGCAAACUGAUGUCUGAACUGAACAAAGAGGGUGCCCCGUAUGCACUGAGCCUGGCAAACCGCCUGUAUGGGGAGAAGUCUUUCAAGUUUGAGGAGAAAUACAUUAUGGAUACAAAGAAGUUCUAUCAGGCGGAGCUGGAGACCGUUGACUUCAAAUCAAAUGCAAAGGAUGCCAUUGUGAAGAUUAACAGCUGGGUGGAGGAGCAAACUCAAGAGAAAAUCAAGAACUUGGUGUCAGAAGGGAGCAUUGAUAAUAUGACCAUACUGCUGUUGGUGAACGCUAUCUAUUUCAAGGGCGACUGGCACGAAAAAUUCAAAGGGAUGGACACAAAGGAAGUGCAAUUCAAACUGAAUAAGAAAGAAAGUAAGCCAGUGCAGAUGAUGCACCAGGAGGCCACAUUUGGUUAUGCGUUCAUUCCAGAGGUCAAUUGUCAGAUUCUGGAGAUGCCCUAUGUUGGUAAAGAGCUAAGCAUGCUCAUUAUUCUGCCCCAAGAGAUUGAAGAUGACUCCACAGGGCUUGUGAGGUUGGAAACGGAGCUCACGUGCGAGAAGCUCAUUCAGUGGACGCAGUCUGACAAGAUGGAGAAUCGUGAGGUAAAUGUGGCUCUGCCCAAGUUCAAGAUGGAAGAGACUUAUGACCUGAACAAUAUUUUGAUCAGUAUGGGCAUGGAGGAUGCCUUCGAUUUGUCAAAAAGUGACUUCUCUGGCAUGUCUCCCAACAAUAAACUGGUGGUGUCCAAAGUGGUGCACAAGUCCUUUUUGGAGGUGAAUGAGCAGGGCACAGAGGCCGCUGCUGCCACUUUCAUAUCCGUGCAGUUACAGUGUGCAAUGUUGACACCACCAGUUAGCUUCAUCGCAGACCAUCCCUUCCUGUUCUUCAUCAGACACAACCCCACUCAGAGCAUCCUCUUCUAUGGCCGUUUCUGCUCCCCAUGAAGUCUGAAGCUCUGCAGUUUCCAGUUAUGAACUGAAGUCUAAAGAAAUAAAGUCUGUACGUUAAAUGGCUCUGUAAUGCUGUUUGCCUUAAAAGAAUGUAAUCAACUAAAGCAUGUUUCUUGCAGUACAUUGUAUUCAUUUACAGUAUUUUUAUGCCAUCCUCUUUAAAGUUUACUGCUGGCUUAAUUACUAAGAGUAUUUCAUACCUAAUCAUUGUCUAUUACUCACAAGCCACUAAAUGGCAUGGAAUGACCAAUAUCACUUUUUCCGAUUGCAAAAAUAAGUGUGCAAAUCUUUA